AUGUUAAUAAAUAGAUGGACUAUUUGUUGCCAAGGAUUAUCAAGUGAAAAUAUAACAAACUUUACAAAUUCAAUAAAAAUUAAAAAUAAUAGUAAAAAUUUCUUGUGUCAUGAUCCACAAUCACGUGCUUAUCAUAUUUCUGAUUUAAUUGCUGAACAAAUAAAUCUUACAAAAAAUUAUCAAUCAUCUUCAUCAUGGACAUUUAGUCCAGCAUAUUUAGUUAUAAAUCGUUGUGAUGGAUAUUCAGGUUGUUGUGAAGCUCAUCAGGCUUGUAUGCCAAAAACAAAAGAAUUCGAAAAUAUAACAAUUGCAUAUCAAUCAUUGGAUAUCAAUAGCAGUGAAAAAUUAAAAAAAUUUCAAAUUGAAAAACAUAUUAUUUGUUUUUGCAACUUGGCAAAUCCAGUUGAAAGAAAAUUAUUAAACACACGUGUACCAGAAGUUGUGAUUAUUGAUGAUUAACUAAACGAAUCGAAAAAACAAAUUAUUUAAAAUCA